ACGAUCCUUUAAGAUAACCCUAAAUAAUGGAGAUAUUAAAUAUACUAAGAAAUGACAUUUCUUAAAGGGAUUACAAAUGUUAUUGAUAAUGUGAAAAUUGAAGUGUCUGUUUAAAAUACGAUAUACGAUGUGACAUUUUAUUUUGUAAAAUAAGUAUGCGCCUUAGCUUUGUAAGAACAUUGCUCGUGUUUGCGUUAUUGGGAAAUAUUAUUAUUUGGCACAGAAUAUGGAGGUUAUUCGCAGCACAAAACACGUUAGGAUUAUUGACACCUGGUGCUGUUACUAAUGAUCCACCACACAAAUUGCAUCGUCGUUUAUCUCGCCUUGUAACUAUAAUUAUACGUCAAUUUGAAAGUUUUGAAAAUGACGUGGUGUCCACAGUGGAAUCCGUAUUGAAUUCUUUCCCAACCAUACCAAUUUUAAUUGUAUGCGAUGAGCUGCCGUAUCCACCUUUGGAAUUGCAUUUUGAAAAUGAAACAUUGCAGAAUGUUAAACUCAUCACUUUGCAUACCGAUUUCAACAAAACUUAUGAGGAAAGAAAUCCUAUGUUUUACAUACGCACUAAGUUUGUAUUAUUUUUACCUGAUGCUAGUCAAAUACCCAACAAACAAAUUCUACAGAAUACCAUUGCACAAAUGUCAAAAUAUGGAAUAGUAAGUGUACCUGUAGGUGAAGUUACUUUAUCUUGUCUUUCCGUGAACUUGAAGAUUAAGGAAUGGAGCUUACAAUUCACUCAUUCUUCUGACGUGGAAUGUGAUUUCGUAGUUGGAAAACAUGCAACGAUGUUAGAAGUCAAAACAUUAAGAAAACUCUCCGAUCCAUUUCUAUUGCCUUUUCCAGAUGCAUUGUACAUACAAACUACAGCUAUUGGUGCAAAGAUUCAUAUUCUAAAAGAUCAUCAGUUUAACGAAAGAAAGAUGUUAUAUAGAAAUCAACAAAUUCAAGGAAAGUUGGAACAAUUACAUCAAAGUCGUGAAAAAUUAAUGUUUAAACAGUUAGGAAUGAAAAAAGUAAUAAGAGCUUCCAAUUUAAUUGAAUGGUAUGGAUGCUCGAAAGAAACUUCAAGAUGUUUUGGAUCAGUGAUAAAUGGUAUACCAUCAUAUAUUUAUCAGAAUCGACAUACACCUCCUUGUUGUCUUGCUGGAUUGAGAAAAGUUGCUCAUCACGUUUUUGAUCAGUUAGAUGAAGUUGGUAUUCGUUUCUGGUUAGAAGGAACAUCAUUGUUAGGUGCAAUGAAAAAUGGAGAUAUUCUACCAUGGGAUCAUGAAGUACAAAUAGGAAUAAAUAAAUUUGAUUUAGAAAGAUCUCCAUGGUUAGUUAAAGCUAAAGUUAAACCUGUUGUAGAUAAACACGGUUUUGUUUGGGAAAAAGCUACAGAGGGUGCAUUUUUUAAAGUACAAUAUUCCAAAAUUAAUAAUUUACACGUUAACUUACUUCCAUUCUAUACUAAAAAUGGAUCUAUGGUUAAAGACGCAUGGUUUAUGAAAAAUGAAGAUUUUCCUGAACAAUUUCUUCAUCCUAUGUCAAGCAUUGAAUUUGCGGGUAGACAAGUUCCAUGCCCAAAUAAUAUUAGAGACUUUUUAGAGCUUAAAUAUUUUAAAGGAGUCGUAGAAAAUCCAAAGCUUCCAAAUAAGAUCAUUUUUAAUUAAAUUUCAUUAUUUUUAUUAUUGUUAUUCGCAUUCCAUUAAAUGCUAUCGAUGUUAUUUCUUUUUUUUUUUUAGAAUAAUUCGUAUUAAAUAAAAAGUAACGACUGAUAUCGUUUUACGAGAUCUGUUAUAAACGUUAUAAUAUUUCCAAUUAAUAUAAUAGGGAAUUGAUAUUAGAUAACUAAUUAUAUUAUUAUUUGCACGCUUUGU